UCCUUUCUCAGAGGAGGAGAGAGUGAGGAGUAGUAGGACGCAUCUCUCUCUCUCUCUCUCUGCCUCUUCCUGUAGCACCUGGCAGGGGCUUAACAGACGUGAGGAGCGCGAAUGGGCAGAGCAGAAUCUCUAGAAGGGAAGAUGAGCACCCAGGAUCCUUCAGAUCUGUGGAGCAGAUCAGAUGGAGAAGCUGAGCUGCUCCAGGACUUGGGGUGGUAUCACGGCAACCUCACACGCCACGCGGCUGAGGCUCUUCUCCUCUCAAACGGAUGUGACGGCAGCUACCUUCUGAGGGACAGCAAUGAAAGUACGGGGCUGUACUCUCUCUCUGUGAGAGCCAAAGACUCUGUCAAACACUUUCAUGUUGAAUAUACUGGAUAUUCAUUUAAAUUUGGCUUUAAUGAAUUCUCAUCUUUGAAGGAUUUUGUCAAGCAUUUUGCAAAUCAGCCUUUGAUUGGAAGUGAGACAGGCACCCUGAUUGUCCUGAAACACCCCUACCCGAGAAAAGUGGAAGAACCUUCCAUUUACGAGUCUGUCCGGGUUCACACAGCAAUGCAGACGGGCAGAACGGAAAGUGACCUCGUGCCCACCGCCCCUUCCCUGGGCACCAAAGAAGGUUACCUCACCAAACAGGGGGGCCUGGUCAAGACCUGGAAAACAAGGUGGUUCACGUUGCACAGGAAUGAACUGAAAUACUUCAAAGAUCAGAUGUCACCAGAACCAAUUCGGAUCCUAGACUUGACAGAAUGUUCGGCUGUGCAAUUUGAUUAUUCACAGGAAAGAGUAAACUGUUUUUGCUUGGUGUUUCCAUUCAGGACAUUUUAUCUCUGUGCAAAGACAGGAGUAGAAGCUGAUGAGUGGAUCAAGAUACUACGUUGGAAACUGUCUCAAAUAAGAAAGCAGCUCGACCAAAGGGAAGGCACAAUCCGAUCUCGGUCAUUCAUCUUUAAAUAGACCUUUCCUGAUCCAGGAGGGCGGCAUGGUCCCUGAUGCUGUGAUCUGCAGCAGGCUUCAGAGGAAGGCUAAGGAUUCUUCUUUCGAAACAAAUCGAACGCAGAUGUGGGUUUGGACCUUUCAGAACCCAUUGCAUUCGCGAACUCAUGGGUCACUGCUUGCCCUUCAAGAUGUUGUCGUCUCCUUGAGAAUACCAAAUCAUCACCGUUCUGAUGGGAACUGAUGACACCACCAACCCAGGCAUGCUCACUCUUAGAAUGCGUGAGAGAAGAUCAAGGGUUUGUGUUUUCCCUCACUGUGGUGCCCACGCUGGUUGACAGUAGUUGCCUGGGGUCUCACUCUUCAUCCUGGUCAGCUCAUCUGACAUCCGGGUUGUGCUGUCCACCAGGAAGGGAACAGCUAUGUCCUCUGAUGUUUCUACAGAAAGUGUAUGCAACUAGCAAACACCAAAGACUGGGGCGGGGGGUGGGGGGAGAGGGUUGCGUGAAUUCUUUUUGCUUUUUUUUUUCUUUAUACAGAAAACAAAACAUUUCCAAAACUAAAAUGGGAAAUGUUUGCAGUUAUUUAUUUUCUCUUCGUUAAAGGCUCAGAAAUCUAGUGGGCGCUGCCUUUCCUUCUAAUGAUAAAUCUGUGUGCACUAAAUGUCCUGUAGAACCUCAGAGAGGAUGAGAAAGAUAAAGGGAGGUAAAACCUAAAAAACGCCUCUUAAUCAUUUGGCGGAGUGGGGUGCGGGGGGGGCGGUAUUAAAGAGUAAGAAAACAUAAAUGGAAGAAAGGGAAUAAAAUAGUAGAGAACUUGUAGUUAGUUUAAUAACAAUAAUCAGCAUGAUUACUAUUAGCACUAUAACAGUAAUAGAGCACUUGGAAGCACCAGGUUGUCUCCAUCCAACAUUUCUGCACAUAGACGGAGAGACUUCUCAGGCAGAGAAGAGGGUGCUAUGCCAGCCUCUCUCCCAAGGGUGAGCGGUCCCUGUUGGCUGAAGGGAAGAAGCCCCUUAGCUCUGAGAUCGCUGAGCACUCUGAGCCCUUCCUCGAGAGCAGACAUCCGUGGUCGGUUGAAGGAGCAACACUAAAUCCACAUGAAUUAUACGAUGAUGUGUUAUACCGCAUUUGCAAGCUAGAAUAAGGGUGUUGAAAUCAGGAAAUAUGAUACUGGCAUCCAGAGCUCACAGAUUCUAACCCCUUCUCUUAUCUUUAUUAAUACUGCUUUUUUAGGUAGACGUUUGAAGGGAGAUAAAAGUGGAGGGAGGGCCCAGAAUAACGAGUACGGUGCAGAGCUCUGCUACAACACUGCUUUUGCAGUCCAAGUGUAUAACUUGAUUGAUAUGUUUCUUGUUAUUUAAACACCCAGAACUCCGAACUUACAUUUUUGUAUAUUUCCACAAGGUUUUUAAUGUAUCUUGUUAUGUGCGUAUCACAUGAGAUAAAGCAAAUGUCAAGUUAAAAUGUAUUCUGUCAGGCUCGCCAAGUAAGGAGUUGCGAAUGAAUCCUCACGGAGAUGAGCGGUUCAGGUUUUGUUUUUGUAGAAUCCAGAGUUUUUCUUUAUGUAGGUAAUAUUACUGUCCUUACUUUUUGUAAAAUAUGCCAUGUUUAUUUAUAUUCUUUGGCUAAGUUUAUUAAAAGAAGCAUUUUGCUGUGCCUGUAACAUUUUGCUAAUAAAAUGUAUUUUUAAUAUCUGUAAUUUAAAAAGAAA